AUGGCUCAUUUAAUGAGUUUGGUUCAAGGAGAACGGGAGACGUUGAAGAAGUUUAUACACCACUUCGUCAUAACAACCCUAGAGAUCCGCAACUUGGAUCGCGAGGUGGCAUUGGUGGCCCUAACCACGACCCUCCAACCCAGAGCUUUCCUAUACUUGUUAGGGAAGAAGCCACCGGCCAACAUGGGGGAGCUGAUGGCUAAGGCACAAAAAUACAUCAACUUGGAAGAGGUAAUAGAUACAAGGAGAGAUCGGGCCGAAUUUAAAAGAAAAGGGAUUAGAGAUAUUGGCAAACCUUCUAGGGCCAGGAAAAGACAGGAGAGCAACAAACCUCAAAGUAGUUCCAAAGGAGCAGGACAUACUAGUAAGUUUCAAUCUUAUACUCCCCUGAACACACCUCGCACUAAUGUGUUAAUUCAUAUACAAGAUAAGGGGUACGUUUUGUGGCUUGAACCUAUGCGAACACCCUCGUAUAAGCGAAAUAUGUCAAAGUAUUGUCAGUUCCAUAGGAAUCACAGGCACGAUACUGAGGAGUAUAUUCACCUCAAAAACGAAAUUGAGGCCCUGAUAAAAAGGGGGCAUCUGUUAGGAUUCGUGAAAAAAUUGGAUCGCCAAAGGGAAGCUCGCAAGCAGAAAAAUCCCAAAGUAGAAAAGAAGGAAGAGCAAGUUGUUAGAGAGAUAGCAAUGAUCUUCGGCAGACCCUCCAGUGGUGGAGACAGUGGAGGCACCUAG